UGUGCGUCGGUUAGGUGUGCGAUGUCCCGAAGCCACAGGUAAACUGAUUGAGCGCUGUAGCCGGAGUACAAAGUCAUGUAGGUUGUACUGUAGGCAUGCAUGAGGUUGCUUGGCGAACUCCUAGUCGGAUUUACUUCAACUAACUGUUACUUGUCACUUGAUCCAAGAAACAUUGCUCCCUCCGUAUCGUCAGGCCAGGGCCGGGUGGCCCACGCACCUGCCACGUAAGUGCUUUGAGGUUUCGUCGGGCUCGCUACAACCGCCCCGUUUCUGAAUCGCUCUUCAUCAAUUUUCAUCUGAACGUCCCACCAGGGAUGGCGGACCAUAGGAACAGCGGGUCCGGUAGCAGUACUCAGGUGGGCGACCUCGCGCGCGGCUUCCUCGUCAAGCAGGGCUUCAAGCGCAAGAACUGGCGGAAGCGCUGGAUGGUACUGGACCAUGCCGGCGUGCUGAGCUACUACCAGAAGCCAAGCGACGGCACGCCACUCGGCACCAUUGAUGUGAAGAAUGACAGCACUGAUAUCCUGUGUGGAGACGAGUGCUCGUGUGCAUGGCCACAGAAGCUGUCGCUAGCCUGCUGCUUUGGCAUUGUGACGAAGGAGCGCACCUACUUCAUGCACGCAUCCGUGCCCGACGAUGCCAGCGUUUGGGUGCAGAUUCUACGCAAGCAGUGCGGCUACCUGCAGAGGCUCGCGGCCGAGCGCAAGAACUCACGCCUGAAGGAUGACAGUGGCCCCACGUUUCAAGGCGCCCGUCUGUCUCUGGCGCUGCCAAGCGAUGCUGCUCCCUCUGUUGCCAGUGAUGGCUUCUCAGAGGAGGCUACGUAUGCCGACAUUGACCUGGACAAGGUACAGGGCGUGGAUGCCGCUGAACCUAUCUACGGUGAAGCAGAUCUGGAGCCAGAUAAUGAUCAGGAAAUCUAUGAUAACAACGAGAUUGAAGACGCAGAUCGGCCUAAACCGUCCAUGUCUGACUCAUCUGAUGAUGAGGAUGAUACAGGGGAGGAUAUCUAUGAACAGGUGGAGGCCGUGCCUAGAACACCCGUUGAUGCUUACACACAGCCAGAGAAUAGCCAGGCAACUCCUCCGCCACUGCCGGCCAUGGUAGUAACACCCUCCGGGCAUAACAUCUGCAUUAUCGGUCAAGUGCCAGAGGACAAUCUGUAUGUGAACGUGCAGCGACAUCACCACCAGGCUGAAGAGAACACUGGUGGUGACGCGAAUGACGAGGUGAAGCAAGACAAGAAUCUACCGCCUCCGCCCGAACAGGUAGUGAUACCAGCAGCAGCACCGGUCGGGUCUGGUUAUGUUGCAAUCACAGCCCAGCAAGUCCAGGCUCAGAGAGUGCUGCAUAGUGAUAGUGAUGCUAGCGGUGAGGACGACCCAGUUGCAGAUGACGGUAGUGACAAUGAAGGUGAUGGCACGGCAGCCAGUCGCAAUGCUACACACGUGAAUGCCACACAUCUAAGCUCGGCAAGGCCUGGUGCAGCCGAAUCAAACGCACAUGACCCCGGUGAUACGUAUGAUGAUGUGGCUGCAGAUCACGCCGCUGCCGUAGCUGAAGCCAGUGACUCAGACGAUGAUGAUAGUUCCCAGGGUUUACCUCCACUACCGGUGGUGGACAGAAGUCCAGCACCUAUUCCAUGUGACAGUACUGCUGACCAUGUGUCCACUGGCAGUCCUGCGGCAAGAUAUGAAACCAGCAAGGGAGAUAAUGGCAGGCCUGUGAGCACCCCAGUACAGAAUCAGACUAGUCAGCCGAGCACUGCUGCUGCUCAGCGCGGAUCCCCGCCUGACGGCCCAAAGCGAAGUUCAUCGGAACUUGCCAUGGGUGAUCCUGUGCCUAUUGCUAUACCAAGGUCCGACAGAAGUCCUGCACCGCAGCAGCAGCAGCAACGCAAGCAGCACUACCAGUACAAGAAGGAAAUGUUCCAGAAGGAGCAAGACAAACAUCAGCUGGAAGAGCAACGACAGGCAGAGUUGCAGAAGAAGCGCCAAGCCCUGUUGCAGCGUGUCCAACAACGCCUCAACGAAGAAGCGCAGCGCAACAAGAGCCAGAAGCAACAGGAAGACGAGAGAAACCGUGCCACAGCAGAAACAGCUGCCCACCAGGAGAGGAUGCGAAAGCUGAAGGAAGCAGCCGAUUGUGAGAGAAAGCUGUUCCUUGAAGAAGAACGCCUGCGCAAAGAGCACGAUGCAGCAAAGCAGAGGAAACUUGCACACGAGCGCAAUGCUCGCACGUCAAAAGCGUCCCUUGACCAGAAAAAGCGUCAGCUCCUGCUGGCAAAGGAAGAGGAAAGAAGACAGCAGCGUGAAGCCGAGCGAGCACAGCAGGACCAGGAUGAAGCUACACGGGUACACGACGAGUCAAAACUGUUGGCUAGCCAGAGUGCGUCGAUGGACCUACCCGCCACGCCUGCUGUGCGUAACGCCCAGAGUGCAUCGUCAGUUGGACGUGCGCUGAAGGCAAGUCGUUCAGUGGCCAGUAGCACUCCAGCACACUCUCAACCUGCAGCUGCACCAGCCAUUCAGACAACCGAGAAAGAAACCAAGUCUGAAGCGUCGCCUAGCAAGCCCCUGGUGGUGGACAAGACAGCAGCAUCCAGCAAGCCUACAGUCUCCCCCAAGCCGUCAUCUGCAGCAGACCAAACGAAGCCGCAGCCUCCUGCAGCUGCACGUACCACUGCCGCAAAAGCCACAACCACCACUACCGCAGCAACAACGGCUGCACCAACGGAGACCCGUGAAGCUGUAGAAACGAAUCCAGGUAAGCUCUCUGAGGCGGAUCGGCGGAGAGCGCAGAUCCUGGAACGCCAACGCCAACGGCAGCAGCAGGAGGACGAGGCGAGGCGCAAGGAAGAGGAGCGUCGUAAGCAGCGUCUUGAGGCUGAGCGCCUGCAACAGAGCAAGGCCGAGGAGCAAUGGCGUCUGAAACAGCAGCAAGUCGAGGCACGUCGCCAGGAGAUACUCGCCAAGGAGAAGGAACGUAGUACCACGUCCGCAGCACCGCACUCCACUCCAGCAGUAUCAGCUCAAAGCAGUGCCCGGGCAUCGUGGCAAACAGCUCGGCGGCUGCGUGUCGAAGAAGACCGCAGAAAGCAGGAGGCGUUCAUUGAGCAGCAGCGCCAGGAAGCGGAGCGUCGACGCACGGAAGAGCUGGAGAGAGAUCGCCAAUACCGCGCCAAACUGGAGCAAGAAAAGCUGCGGCUGCAGCGACAAACUGAACUGGAAGAAGAGGCAGAGCGCAUGAAACGGCAGCAGCUUUUGACGGAGCGACAAGGAUCUCGUCAGAAACUGGACUCCAGCAGCUCUUCUUCUUCUUCGAGACAGGACCAGGCUGAGCCGAAUGCAAAGACCGGAGAGCCUGCUCCAGUUCAGGUAUCACCUAACCCUGUCAGUGGGGCGAAGCAGCAAAAACAGGGGGAUGAAACUGAUCGUGGUAAAGCACGAAAAAAGCCCCAGCCACUGCCCAAAACGUCGAAAUCGACAGACCAGAAAGUGGAUGUCAAGUCGCCUACUCAGAAGAAGGCAGCCACCCCAAAACGGCCCAACGCGGAGCAGCGACGCAAAGUGGAGGAAGAGCGUCGUAAGGAUGAGGAGGCCCAGCGGCAAAAAGCGGAGUUCCUCCGCCUGCAGCGUCUCAAGGCAGAGAAGCGCAACGCCUCACUGCUGAAACUGGAACAGCAGGAGAAAGAGCGUCAAGCAAAGCUUGAAGAGCGGAAGAGAGCGGAAGAAGCUGAGCACCAGGAGUUGCAGCGAAAGCGACAAGAGCAGAGAGCAAAGUAUGAAGCAGAUGAAAUGACUCGUCAGGCAGAAGCUGAACGGCGACGAUUGGCUGAGCAGCAAAGCGCUGAGCAAGAGAGGCAGCAGCUUGAGGAAAAACACCGCCUGGACGAAGAGAGAAGACGAGAGGAAGAACGCCAGCACAAGAUAGCAGCAGACCUGCAGCAGAAAGCAGAGGAAGCACGAUUGGCAGAAGAGCAUCGGUUGCAGCAAGAGCGACAACAGCGCAUGGCAGAAGAAAAACAAGGUCAGGAAGAGCAGCGUAGGAGAAAGGAAAGAGAACGUCAAAUUGCAGAGGACAGGAGACGCAAAGAAGAAGAAGAACAGAAGCAACUCGAGGAGAGGAGACGCAGGGAAGCAGAAGAGUUGCGACGUGCAGCAGAGCAGAAAGAGCGAGAAGAAAGAGCACGCCAGCUGGAGGAGGAGGAUAGAAAACGACAAGAGGAAACACGUCAGCAGCUAGCUCUACAGCAACGACGUGAACAAGAAGAGAGUCGAUUGGCAGAGGAGAAAAGGAGGAAGGAGGAAGAGGAACGACGACAAGCCGCAGAAAGAUUGAAAGAAGAGAAUAGACGGCGAUUGGCUGAAGAGGAGAGGAAGAGAGAAGAAGAAAGGGAACGUCAAGAGGCUGAGAAGAGGCGUCAGCAAGAAGAAAUAAAUCGUCAGCAAGAAGCAGAGAAGAAACGGCAACAGGAGCAGCAACGGCUAGCCGCUGAGGAAACGCGGCAAGAACAAGAACAACUGGAGGCUGAAAAGAGGCGUCAGCAAGAAGCGGAGAAGAAACAGCGAGAGGAGGAGGAACGGCGACAGGCUGCUGAGAGAAAGCGACAAGAGCAGGAAAAACAGCUCCAGAAGCAGAAAGUAGAAGUGGAAAGGAUGAAGGAAAUGGCUAGACAACGUAUGGAGGCAGCAAGACAAGUUACAGAAGCUCAAUCUAGUCCAGCUACUAGCAAGAAGGCUGCCCCAGCAGCUGCAUCAAAACAAGGGGAGGAUGAAUUCGCCACGGCAAUGAAGAGGCAGGAGUCUCGCACACGAGACAGUGUCAGCCGCAAAGCGCGAGCUGCUGCAGAAAAGCUUGGCCUGGACGAACCUCCUGACGACCCGCUUGAAGGAAUCCUGGCUUCUGAAGAGAAGGACAAGGAGCAAGUCAUGGAGCGUCGGCUUAGUGUUGUGGCGCAGAAGGGCGGAAAGAGCCAACAGCGAGCGGAGGCUGCCACCAAGUGGAUGGACAAGCAAGUGCGCAAGUUGAUUGAGCAAGUCAAGCUCCACGGUUUGGCCACCAAAGACGGUACGACAGAGGUGGCGUACGGCACACUUUUCGAGGAGACUGACAACAUCUUUGAAGCACUGUCUGGCUUGCUGAUCACAGCAAAGAAGCACAAGGUGGUCACGUUCGAAGGAGAUCUGCUCCUGCAGGGUCGUGAUAACCGGGUCAAGAUCACCCUGCUCAAGCAAGAUAUCACCGACUCAACGCUGGAAACGUACACAUACCGGCAGUUCCGCGCCUGCUCCAUCUCCGAGUCCAAGCGCAAGGGCAAGGGGUUCAAAGCCGCAUCUCAGCAGACAAGCAACCCCAAGUGUCACGUCUGCAGCAAGACCGUAUACCCGAUGGAGUUUGUCAGUGCCAAUGAUCUCCCCAUGCACAAGGUCUGCUUCAGGUGUGCGGACUGCAAGUGUAAGCUACUACCGUCCAACUAUGCGGCGCUCAACAACCACUUCUAUUGUAAAACGCACUAUGAAAGCAACUAUAAGAAACGUGGUAGCUACGAGUUCUGAGGAACGGUGAACGACUCGUAGGGAAAAUCCCAUCAGUCCAGUGACAAGAAUUCUUCUCCCGGUAAAAAUAAUAUGACAGUUCUACACAUAUGUGCAUUGAUCAAAUACAACAUUUAGAGUGGAUUUUAUGAUUUAAAUUUACGACGCACGAGCCUUUUCCAAAGACAGUUGCACCGGCUUUUUUUAUCAAUUGUCAGCUUCAUUCGAAAUAUUGAUCAUGUUUGUGUCCGUUUCCUCGCCCGAGGACUUGAAUACUGGACAGCAUUUUCGGAGUAUUUUGAAGUAGAGUAUUUUUUAAAUAAUAAAGAUUAUUCUCUGGAGUGACAUCACUUGUCUAGCAUGCAGUAAUAUUCAUGCAAUCAUGGACAAACAAAUACUCUAUGCAGA